AGAGAGAGAGAGAGAGAGAGAGAGAGAGGGAGGGAGGGAAGCGAGAGGCUUGGAGCGCAAGGGUUAUUCAUCCGCCCCUCCCCCACCUCCCGUCCUCCAGCGCUCGGAUGCUGCUGCUGCUGCUGCCAUCACCGCGAGAUGCGCGUCAAACGGGCAUCAUCAGCAUGUAGACCCACAUCUCUCCUUCACCCAUCACUCUAUCAAUCAGCGCCAAAAAUAACAGCAACGAUGUGACCAAAACGACCCUCCUUUACGUUCCCGACAGCACAAUACGCCGUAUUUAACAGAUUAAUUAAUGCGGACAUGGUACAAUCUCAUCUGCAUCAUUCAGAUUUUCUUCCGCAUAAGAUGAAGUGGUCACCACCGUCUGCUGCCUCCUGCUCCCUUCAUUUGAUUUCUAUUCUGCACCGUUGCGCAUCAUCUGCGUUUGGAAUAGCGUAAAGGUCAAAUGAUGUGACUUUCAUUUUUGUGUUCUCCAUGAUGGGCAUGAUUUGAGGAUAAAUCACUGGAUAUCAUUCCGUUUUUCCUGCCUUUUUCCGACUCAACGUCAAAUGUCCUUGGAGCAUGGCCUGCGCGGUUAUUUACCGACAUUAUUCCUGUGUCACUAGAUCCCCUUUAUUGUUUAAUAAUCAGUAACACUUGCUUAAUUUGGUCUCGAUGGAUUGGCACAAUGGCUACCACUUUAUUUGCUGAUUUUUUCUUUAUGGGGGGAUAUUUCAGGAGAACCCCUGCUACCACACCAUAGAAUAGAAAACCCCAAACAACCUGACAAUUCAUGUCUCAAUAUGGAGAACUACAUAGAGAACAUCUUAGAAAUAGGUGAGGAGGAAUAUAAAUAGAACAAAAGAGAUAACACAUUUUCCCAGGUACCCAUUUCUUAGCUCAUAGCGUUAAAAGCUGCCAGUCUUCCAAAACCAACACACCAUCAUGGGGGAUCUGGGCAAUAGCACGGUAGAGUUCCACCCUAAGAAGCCAGGGAUGGACAGAGGAGGCCAAGAGGGGGAUUUCGGGGUGUCAGUGGAUGAGUUGUGCUCGCUGAUGGAGCUCAGGGGAGCCGAGGCCCUGCAGAAGAUCCAGGAGAACUUCACAGAUACAGAAACCCUCUGUCACAGACUCAAGACUUCACCUGCAGAUGGACUAUCGGACAAUCCCGCGGACUUGGAGAAACGUCGGCAGGUGUUUGGAAUGAACUUCAUCCCUCCAAAGAAGCCCAAGACCUUCCUUCAGCUCGUGUGGGAGGCUCUACAGGAUGUUACUCUCAUAAUCCUGGAAAUUGCUGCCAUUAUUUCCCUCGGACUGUCCUUUUACCAGCCGCCAGGAGGGGACAGUGAAGCAUGUAGUAAUGUGAGUGCAGGUGCGGAGGACGAGGGAGAGGCGGAGGCGGGCUGGAUCGAGGGUGCAGCUAUCCUGCUCUCUGUGCUCUGCGUGGUGCUGGUGACGGCGUUUAAUGACUGGAGCAAAGAAAAGCAGUUCCGUGGCCUGCAGAGCCGUAUCGAGCAGGAGCAACGCUUCGCUGUGGUGCGGAACGGCACGGUCAUUCAAAUCCCCGUGGCUGAGAUGGUGGUGGGGGAUGUUGCACAAGUCAAAUAUGGCGACCUCCUGCCUGCGGAUGGUGUUCUCAUCCAAGGGAACGACCUCAAGAUCGAUGAGAGCUCCCUCACCGGAGAGUCUGAUCACGUACGCAAAUCCAUCGACAAGGAUCCCAUGCUGCUGUCAGGCACUCAUGUAAUGGAGGGGUCAGGGAAAAUGGUGGUGACCGCUGUUGGUGUCAACUCUCAAACGGGAAUCAUCUUCACCCUCCUGGGGGCCGGAGAGAUGGAGGAAGAGAAGAAAGACUGCAAGAAAGAGGUCAAUAGUAAUUCAUCCACGCAGUUCCCCAGUGUUGAAGCCAAAGAACACAACAUCAUAAAUGGGAAACAAGAUGGGACCCUGGAGAACAAUCAAAAUAAAGCUAAGAAACAGGAUGAGGCUGUUGCCAUGGAGAUGCAGCCUCUGAAGAGUGCAGAAGGUGGGGAGGUGGAGGAGAAAGAGAAGAAAAAAGCCAAUGUGCCCAAGAAGGAGAAAUCAGUUCUUCAGGGCAAACUCACCAAGCUGGCAGUGCAAAUCGGGAAAGCAGGUCUGGUGAUGUCCGCCAUCACUGUGAUUAUCCUGAUGCUGUACUUCGUGAUCGAAACAUUCGUCAUUCAGGGACGGGUGUGGCUGACGGAGUGCACGCCUAUUUAUGUGCAGUACUUUGUCAAAUUCUUCAUCAUCGGAGUCACAGUUCUGGUGGUGGCUGUGCCAGAGGGUUUGCCACUGGCUGUCACCAUAUCACUGGCCUAUUCCGUAAAGAAAAUGAUGAAGGACAAUAACCUGGUGCGUCAUUUGGAUGCCUGCGAGACUAUGGGCAAUGCCACGGCUAUUUGCUCGGAUAAAACAGGGACCCUCACCACAAACCGGAUGACAGUUGUGCAGAUUUAUAUACUGGACCAACACUUCCGUGACAUCCCAACUCCAGAUCAGAUUAACCCCAGGACACUGGAGCUCAUGACCACUGCUAUUGCCGUGAACUGCGCCUACACCUCCAAAAUAAUAGCUGCAGAUAAGGAAGGUGGGCUGCCCAAACAGGUGGGUAAUAAGACCGAGUGUGCUCUGCUGGCACUCGUGCAGGACCUGAAACAGGACUACCAAGCCGUGAGGGAGCAGAUCCCCGAAGAGAAGCUCUAUAAAGUGUACACCUUUAAUUCUGUUAGAAAAUCCAUGAGCACCGUCAUUCAAAUGCCUGACGGAAGCUUCCGCUUAUACAGCAAAGGAGCCUCAGAGAUUCUGCUCAAAAAGUGCUCGUUCAUCUUAGGCCGUGACAGUGAUGUUCGUGCUUUUAAGCCCCGGGACAAAGAUGAUAUGGUGAAGAAAGUGAUUGAACCGAUGGCAUGCGAAGGCCUUCGUACAAUUUGUAUCGCUUACCGGGAGUUUCCAGCUGACCCCAUGCCAGACUGGGAAAACGAGACAGACAUCGUCUCCAACCUUACCUGCAUCACCGUGGUAGGCAUUGAAGACCCUGUUCGACCAGAGGUCCCAGAUGCUAUCAAAAAGUGCCAACGAGCAGGCAUCACUGUGCGUAUGGUGACGGGUGACAACAUAAACACUGCGCGUGCCAUUGCUGCCAAGUGUGGCAUCAUCAGUCCUGGCGACGACUUCCUGUGUAUGGAAGGGAAGGACUUCAAUAGGCGAAUCAGGAACGAGAAAGGAGAGAUUGAGCAAGAGCGCAUUGACAAAAUUUGGCCCAAGCUCAGAGUUCUCGCUCGUUCUUCCCCCACAGACAAACACACACUUGUCAAAGGUAUCAUAGACAGCACCGUUUUGGAACAAAGGCAGGUAGUUGCAGUCACUGGUGACGGCACAAACGACGGACCUGCUCUGAAGAAAGCUGAUGUGGGGUUUGCAAUGGGCAUUGCUGGUACGGAUGUGGCCAAGGAGGCCUCUGACAUCAUCCUGACGGACGAUAACUUUUCCAGCAUAGUGAAGGCUGUGAUGUGGGGACGGAAUGUGUAUGACAGCAUCUCCAAGUUCUUACAGUUUCAGCUCACAGUGAAUGUGGUGGCUGUCAUAGUAGCCUUCACUGGUGCCUGCAUCACGCAGGAUUCACCCCUUAAGGCGGUGCAGAUGCUGUGGGUCAAUCUGAUCAUGGACACGUUUGCUUCUCUGGCUCUUGCCACGGAGCCGCCCACCGAAUCGCUGCUCCUGAGGAAGCCUUAUGGCCGAAACAACCCCCUCAUAUCUAGAACCAUGAUGAAAAACAUCCUCGGACAUGCAGUCUACCAGCUCAUCAUCAUCUUCACUCUGCUGUUCGUAGGUGAGAGGAUCUUUGAUAUAGACAGCGGCCGUAAUGCUCCGCUUCACUCUCCUCCCUCCGAACAUUACACCAUCAUCUUCAACACAUUUGUCCUCAUGCAACUCUUCAAUGAGAUCAAUGCCCGUAAGAUCCACGGAGAGAGGAACGUGUUUGAUGGGAUCUUCUCAAACCCCAUCUUCUGUUCAAUCGUGCUGGGGACCUUUGCAAUACAGGCUGUGAUUGUGCAGUUUGGUGGGAAACCCUUUAGCUGUUCCCCCUUAAAUGUGGAGCAGUGGCUUUGGUGCCUGUUUGUGGGAUUGGGAGAGCUGGUCUGGGGACAGGUGAUAGCAUCAGUGCCAACACAUCAGCUGAAGUGUCUGAAAGAAGCGGGCCACGGGCCGGCUCCAGACGAGAUGAUGGAUGAAGAUCUAGCUGAGGAUGAGGAUGAGAUUGACUAUGCUGAGAGAGAGCUGAGACGAGGACAGAUCCUGUGGUUCCGAGGUCUCAACCGAAUUCAGACUCAGAUGGAGGUAGUGAGUACCUUCAAGAGAAGUGGUUCGUUUCAGGGUGCAGUGAGACGCCGCUCUUCAGUGCUCAGCCAACUCCAUGACAUCCGGGUGGUGAAAGCUUUCCGUAGCUCCCUGUAUGACGGCAUCGAGCGGCCGGAGUCGCGGAACUCCAUUCACGACUUCCAGGCGCACCCGGAGUUCAUCAUCACGGACUCGGUCCACAACAUCCCCCUGAUCGACGAGACGGACGUGGACGACGAAUCGGAACGCUCCAAUCAUAACCACGUGCGUGUGGCGCUUCGUCACCCCGUCCCUCACUCUCAGCCCCAGAGGCCCCCGCGAUCCCGCUACCCGUCCCGCCCAAUGAGGCAGCAGAGUCUGCCGGUCACCCUCAACUGCAACAACAACGCCGCCGAGAGCCGCGUCUACCUGGGCUCGAGCGACAACGGGGCGCCGCACGUUUCCCCCUGCCCCGCGAGCCCUCUGCACAGCUUGGAGACGUGCCUCUGAAGAAAGGUCAGAGGUCGGCGAGUCGAGACUGCCAGCCAGAAGGACUGGUGUGGCAGAGAAACGGGAUGUUUCUGUACCUAAUCUUUGUUCCUAUCACUAUCACAGAUUCACUGCUUCAAAAUAUUUCAGUGGUUCUUUACAGUAUCUUGUGUGACCCAAAGACAAUCCCGCUCCGCAUGAAAGUGACCGAUUAUGUUCUCAUACAGUAUGUUGCACUUGAACAAGUACCCAAAAUGCAGAGGUGGAUCUACGUGUAUGUAGGAGUGGACUCUGAUUUUAAAGACUGCGCCUAACGAAAGUGUACAAAUGGAAAAAAAAAAAAAAGAUGUUUAUUUGGGGAUAACUCCUUUCGCCUUUUAAUGAAUAACAUUAUUGUUCCAAUUAUUAUAGUGGUUAUAUUUCUGCUAAAACUACGACAAUUAAUACUACAGUUGCUAUUACUCCAGUUAUGAUACUUCAUCGUUUAGCUUUAUAUAACUAAGUAUGUUUGUAUGUAUGACGUAAGUCUGUAUGUAUGUGUAUUUGUUUGUUUGUUUGCUGUUGUUAAAAUCCGUGUCUAUGUUCUCAUUGGUUCCACACGUGGCCCUCUCUCUCUGUUUUCUGUGUUAGAGUGUGAUGUGUAUGUCCAAUUGAAAAAAAAAAAAAAAGGAAAUGAAAUUAAAGAACAUAUAUCAGCAGCAUAAAUAAAAUAAAAUCUAACCAUUGGAGGAAAAUCUUACAAUACUUCCUGGAAAUGA